CCUCCCUCACACACACACACACACACACCACUCCUUUCCGUUCACAUCUCCUCCUUCACACACUCCUCUGUUCCGUUCUCCGGUGGGAGGAGCACCGGAGGAGCAGAAAGAAAGGAAACCGGUUUAAAAAAGUGACAGGAGAAUCACUAAUAAACAAAACGUGGACAAUCCUAUAGACAAACAGACUACACUCUGCUUUAGAGCAGCCUUUCCUUAACGGAUAUAAAUGAAGGCGACAUCUUGAAGUUGUGCUACAGUUUUUUUCCAGCCAUGGCUGCUUUAAGAACGGUCUUCAAACUGUCUGGAUUUUAUGGCAGUCUUCCACAGACACGUUCCGCCUUCAAACCAAGCGCUAAACCCCUGCAAACGAUCAGCCGAUGGAGUCUUCCAGUUGCUUGCUGUAGCACCGUAGCACCAUCUAGUGAUCUUUCAGUGCAGUACAAACAUGGCCGCCUGGUACUGGCUCUGCCUCUGCCUUCCAGACAGGAGAAAUGUCUGUUCCACCUGAGACCCAUGCUUUCAACCGUCAGUGACUUUAUUCAUGACAUCCAGAGAGAAGAUCCAGGAGUCUCAACAGCUUCUGUACAUACCACAGAGGGUGUGAGGAUUGCCUCCACUACGUCUAUGAACACUCUGCUCAACACGGACUUCCAGCUGUGCAUCAAUGGAGUCGUCUACAACGUCCAAUCAGCUCCAACAGAAACAGUGUCAAGCGAGGCUGUUACAAGUGUGGCAGAUAUAAAGAACAUGGUACACAUGUUACACACAGCACUGAAUCUGCCUGAACAUCACCUGGUGAAGGAAAAGCAGCUACAGCAGAAACUGGACAUUCUGAAACAAGAACUCAUGCCUCUAGAACAGUUGAAGGCACAUCUUGAAUUGAAAGCUGAGCACAGUUCUUCACGUGCUCUCUGGAUGGGCUUGGCUCUGCUCUCGGUGCAGGGCGGAGCUCUGGCCUGGCUCACAUGGUGGGUUUACUCCUGGGACAUUAUGGAGCCUGUCACCUACUUCAUCACCUAUGGCACCAGCAUGGGGGUCUAUGCCUACUACGUUCUCACCAAGCAGGACUAUGUUUACCCAGAUGCAAAAGACAGGCAGUUCCUGCAUUACUUCUACAGAGGCGCCAGAAAACAGAAGUUUGACGUGGAGAAAUACAACACGCUCAAAGACAAGCUGGCUUCGGUAGAGGAUGACUUGAGGCGUUUGCGGAACCCAAAUCGACUUCAACUGCCUGUGGAGCAAAUCGAGCCUAACAGUCAUGCUACACUUCCCUAAACAUUACAUCUUAAUACUGGUGUUGUUUCUUAAUACUGUUUACAGAUAUUAUUUCAUGGCCCACUUUUAGAAAACAGCAUAUUGUUUGGAACAACCAAAUAUUUCAAAUAAAGCACUUACACUGGAGUUUCAUCCUUCAAACCUA